AUGGAGGAGAAUUAUCAUUUCAAGGGAAGGAGCCUAAGGAGCCCUCUCCUUGCCGAAGACAUGGAUGGUAAAACCCCAAAAGAUGUGGCAAACUCUUGUGGUGCAAAGUCUGGCGUGAACUAUGGUGCGGCAGAGUCGAGUGGAACUUACAACGCUGUAGCUAAUCAAUGGCUUAAAAGCAUGCACCGGCAAGUGGAACAGCUUUUCCCAUUGGACGGGUCGGGACUUAUAAGGGUACCGCGAGGCUACCUUGUUGAGAAUAGAUUCCACGGGGGGAACUGGUUCGAUGUUGAAAAGACAGCCUCGCGCUGCCCAAACCCACACGCUUGCCCAGCGCAAAACAUCAGCAUAAUCGACGUGUAUUCUUCCGGUGUUUGUGCGGCGGGGUAUACACACACUGCCUGUGCACAAUGUGCCCCGGAGUUUGGCCGCAGCACUGGGGAUCCAUUCGUUUGCCAGAAAUGCCGGUACUCCUGGCUUCAGUGGGUCACCUUCCUGGGAAAGCAAACGGGGAUUUACGUUUUUACGUUGUUCACGGCUGGCAAGGCUCAGGAGGGCCGAAACCGACAGAGCGUGCUCCUGAAGAUCGCUUUGUCCUUCGGGACAGUUGUGGCCUCCGUGUCUGGAGCGGUGCGAUCCACGGACACCGUGACAGAAGUCAUGCCCGCGACUGAAAGUGAAGGUUCGGAUGUGACGACUCACCGCCGUCACCGCCCCAAGUUCUUAACGUCCUUGGCCUCCCUGUGGAGUCCUAGCCUGGAUUGCCUCUUGAACUCAAGGGCUUUGUCCAUCCAGGGCUGGCUCUUACUCACAGCCGCCGCGCCCGUUGCCCUUUGGUGCUUCACCGCCAUCUUCGUUGCCGCAAAGGCCGCGUGUACCCAGACCUUCAAAGCGGAGUUGAAGAAGGGACUGAUCCAGCCGAGCAUUGUGGUGGUCACAUGCUUCUUGCCGGGCAUCAUGGGGUCCGCUGCGCGCUUCGUGCCCUGCGUCCACUUCAUGUCCGACAAAUUCCAGGAAAAGGUUCCGCAGUACGUGAGUUGUGCCCUAGACAUCCCUUGCACAGACUACCAGAUCAAGAGGUAUGUCCUGUUGGUGGCGUUCUCGGCCAUGGGAGCCUUGGUGGGGCCAUUUUUCUGGAGAACCGUGAUUUCCAGAUCAAAGGCAUGGCCUGAGGACGCCCGCAAAGCAACGCUGGGCUUCCUGGUGGCUGGAUACCGAAAGGAUUUGGACUGGUGGGAGGCUAUGGUGCUGACUCGCAAGUGUGCGCUGGUGAUGGCUGGCUCCCUGUUCCCUGCAAGCUAUUCACCUUUUUUGUUCUUGACUUUCGAGCUUAUCAUCAUCGGUGCGAGCCUCACUCUCCACUCGUACGCGAAGCCCUACGACGAUGCUAGCCUCAAUGCCAUGGAACUUGGCACAUUGUUCGCAUCCGCGACAGCAAUCCUCAGCGCCGUGGUAUUAACCCUGCAGCCGAUCGAUUGGACGCUGAACAGCAGCAUCAACAAACCCACCCUCGCCGUGUUCACAGGCUCCAUCGUGGUCCCGUUGGCUGUGUUGAUGCUGCUCCUGGCACAGGAGGUGAGAAUCGGAUUCCUCCGCUCCCCUACAGCCGAGAAUGCUUCCAGCACAGUCGAAGAGAGCACAGUCGAAGAGAGCAUCAAAGAGAGCACCGUCAAAGAAGUAGGCGUCCAGACAGCGGGAACGUGA